AUGUCGAGCUCCUGGGUCACCGUCUCGCCAAAGAGCCACUUCUCCCUGGCCAACAUCCCCUUCGGCAUCAUCUCCACAAAGUCAGACGCGACGCACCGCCCCGCCGUCGCAAUCGGCGACUACGCCCUCGACCUCAAGGCCUUAGCAAAGGCCGGCGGCUUCCACGCCCUGCCCUCAAUCCAAGAGCGCCUCUCCGUCUUCUCCUCGCCCACCCUCAACGACUUCGCCGCGCUCGGCAGGCCCGUCCACAAGGAAGUCCGCACAUAUCUCCAGUCCAUCCUGGCCGAGAACACGCCGCACGCGGUGCUCCUCAAGGACAAUGCCGAUUUGCGCAAGAGCGCGCUCAUCCCCGCCGCCGAGGUGACGAACCACCUGCCCCUCGCCAUCGGCGACUACACCGACUUCUACGCCGGCAAGAACCACGCCUACAACGUCGGCGUGCUCUUCCGCGGGCCCGCCAACGCGCUGCAGCCCAAUUACGUGCACCUCCCCGUCGCGUACCACGGCCGCGCCUCCAGCGUCGUCGUGUCCGGCACGCCGAUCCGCCGGCCGUGGGGCCAGAUCCUCAAGAACCCGGCCGCCGACCCGAAGGUGCCCGUGCUGGCGCCCUGCGAGCGGCUGGACCUCGAGCUCGAGAUGGGCAUGUUCCUGUGUCGCGAGAAUAGGCUCGGCGAGCCGGUGCCCGUGGACGAGGCGGAGCAGCACAUUUUUGGCUACGUGCUGAUGAACGAUUGGAGCGCGCGAGAUAUCCAGGCGUGGGAGUACGUGCCGCUCGGCCCGUUCACGAGCAAGAACAUGGGGACGAGUAUUAGCCCGUGGGUGGUGCUUGCGGACGCGCUUGAGGCGACGAAGACGGCGGGGAUUGAGAACAAGACGGAGCUGCAGCCGUAUCUGCGCGAGACGAAGAAGGAUAACCUUCUGGGCAUUGAGUUGGAGGUUGACCUGAUCACCGCCAACGGAAACAAGACAACAAUCAGCCGCACCAACUCCAAGAACCUGCUGUGGUCGUGGCCGCAGAUGAUUGCGCACCACACCAUCACCGGCUGCAACCUGCGUCCGGGCGACCUGCUCGGCUCCGGCACGAUCUCAGGCACCGAGUCCGGCACGGAGGGCAGCAUCCUGGAGCAGACCAAGGGCGGCAAGGAGGCCGUGAAGCUGAACGGCGGCGAGGAGCGCAAGUUCCUGCAGGACGGCGACACGCUGGUCAUCCGCGGCUGGAGCGGGCAGGACGGUGCGCUGGUCGGGUUUGGCGAGGUUUCUGGCAAGAUUGAGGCCGCGUUGCCUCUUUUCUAG